AACCGCAUUGGUUAGUGGGGCAUUUGUCCCAACGCCGUUGGGACAUCAUGGUGGUUUCCCCCACUACAGCAUUCCCCUUCACAUCCGGGUCUCUCGGAAUAACCGAAUUUUUCUUUCUCCGUCACUUAUUCACCAACCAUUAUACAGUCCACAAUUAAAAUAAAGUUCUUUUUGAAAAUUUUGAGAAAAAAUAAAAGUUUUGAGUUUCCAAGUAUCAAAGUGUUAUUUAUUGAUUGCUAAGUUAUUGAAGUGUGAGGGAACUGAUCUAAGAAGGUACCUAAGGAGUGCAAUUUAGAGGAUUCAAGAGGAGAAAGCAGCUGAAGGUGAAACCUCGUGGCGAAGGGAAAGAUUCAGCACAAGGCCACCACGUGGAAUUUUUCUGAUCCAUCUCCCCGGAGGCUAAUUAUUUUUACCUGUGCUGUAUUUCAAGGUACGCAUACUGAGGAGGUAUCUGUGGGAUUGAGGGAGAGUUGGGCAAAGCUGGACGCAAUUAAUUCAUUCUUUAUUUCCACGCUAUAUUGAAGGUACGAGAUUCACGGAAGUAUCUAAGGGAUUGUGGAGAGAAUUGGGCAGAGUUUAGAGGCGAUACCUAAUCAUUUCUUUCUACCAUACUCAAUUAAAGGUACGCAUACUGAGGAGGUAUCUGUGGGAUUGAGGGAGAGUUGGGCAAAGCUGGACGCAAUUAAUUCAUUCUUUAUUUCCACGCUAUAUUGAAGGUUAGUGUCAUACAUUUCUGGUCCAUUCGACCCUACAAGAAGGAAGGACGAACUAGCAAAGAUGGCAAUGAAACAACGAGGUGGCAUAGUCUCCGUGAUCACGAAGGUGGAGAACUACAUCAGUGAGAUGACUUCCGAAUCACUCGAUAUGAUGUCCGCAAACGGCAAUCUACAAGGACAAAUGGAUCUCGUGAGGAGUAUGAAGACCAAGUUCCUCGCCACCCAAAUGGAAAUCAUUGGCGCUCAGAAAGACCAAACCAGGAAGCAACAGGAAGAGAAGGGACUUGCGGAGUUCAUGCAACGUUGUGACAAUCUCAUCACCAAGAUUGGAGACAUCAUGGCCGAAUUUCCCCCUGGAGACACGACACAACCUACCCAGUCUUCAGACUUGGCGGGAUUUCUGAAGGAGUUUCUUGAGAAGUCACAAGCCCAGCAUCGGGAGCAGAUGGCCACCAUCAUUGAGACGCUCACAACCGCAAGUAUACCCAGUUCAAGUGGUGUUCCCCCAAUAAAGUUGCCCCAAAUCACUCUCCCUACGUUUGAUGGAAAAUACUCUGACUGGAUGUCCUUUAAGGAUCGAUUCCAAUCUGCCGUUAUCAAUUACCCAAACCUCACUCCAGUUCAGAAGUUGAAUUACUUAAAGUCAUCCGUCACGGGUGAUGCAGCCUCUUCAAUCAAGCAUCUCAAUGUAACCGAUAACAAUUUUGAAGUUGCUUGGCAAUUGCUCAUUGAUAGAUUUGAGCGCAAGAAUGAGAUCGUGGCAGAUCAUGUUAGACUGUUUUACAAAAUGCCACGUGUAACUCCCAACACUCCUCAAGCUAUCCACCAAGUACACAAUAUCUUCUGCGAAACCCUCAUGGCUUUGGACGCCAUGGACAUCUCACAGCGCGACCCUUGGGUAAUCCAAUUCACUUUGGACAAUCUUGAUGCCGAAUCCAAGGUGUUGUGGGGUCGUGAGUGCAAUGGUGAUGUUCCCACAGUAGAGAAGUUUAAAGCGUUCCUCACACAACGAUGCAUUGAUCACAACAAUUCCCCAUCCUCCUCUGGGAAGCUCAUGAACAAUCCCACCCGUUCUCAACCGAAUAAGUCAGUCAAGAAGAACUCUACUGCGCUUACAGUUUCUGCAACCUCAACCUGCCGCUGCUGCAAUGAAGCAGGCCAUCCCCUGUACAGAUGCCCAAAAUUCCUUUCCCUGUCAGUGGAUGAUCGGUUUGAAACGGUGAAAACUCUCAAGCUCUGCCGAAACUGCCUGGCGUCUCAUAUGACGAACACGUGUACCUUUCACAAAUGUAGGAAGUGUCAAGGAAGACACAAUGUACUUCUGCACGAUCGAUUCGUCACCAAUCCUCCAUCCAAUGAAGCUAGUGCUGGAAGCAAUCCUCCGCCCACUCCGUCGGUACCGGAAUCGACUCCUCAAGCGUCUUCGCCUACUGUCGCCAUUUCUUCCACCUCCGGGAGCUCUGAUGGUCAACCACCCAAGGUUUUCCUCGCCACUGCCAUGGUCGACAUCCUUUCUGCGAAACGUGAGAAAAUUCCAUGCCGCAUGGUCAUGGACAGCGGAGCCCAAUUGUGCGUGAUGACCACAAGCCUCUACCAGCGACUCAAGCUUCCAAAACUUCCGACCAAUCUCACUGUCCUUGGCGUCGGUGCUCGACGAACCAACCUCCAUUUCCGAGUACAAGCCACAAUUGUUUCCCAAUGGACAGGAGAAGCUUUCACGUUUGACUGCUACAUCAUGCCAAAAAUUACUGGGAACAUUCCCAACUGGGAUGUAGACGAGUCUCUUCUCAAUAUCCCUCAUGGAAAGGUAUUGGCAGAUCCUCAGUGGCAUGUGUCAAGACCAGUAGACCUGCUGCUAAGUGGCGAUCCGUAUUACGACAGUUGGUUCCAUGAAACAUUCCAUUUAGGACCAGGACUGCCGCGACUGAAUGAAACAGCUUUUGGAUGGGUCACUGUUGGUGAACAUAAGGCUAUCUCUCCCCGCUGUGAAACCAGCUACAAUCUUUCUCUUGUUUCCCUGAAUGAGGCUCUGCUCAAGUUUUGGAAAUUAGAAGACAUACCAGAUGAGAUGCCCAUCACCGAUGAACACAAGGCUGCUGAACUCCAUUUCGCCACUACACAUACUCGAACUCCUGAAGGCCGAUUUCUAGUCCAACUUCCAUUCAACGAGGAUGUUCCUCCUUUGGGCGAUUCUCGACCUCAGGCAAUUCGUCAAUUCUUGGCUCUUGAACGUCGAUUUGAUCGCAACCCUGCAAUGAAAGAAUUGUACAAGGCUGUGAUAGAUGACUACAUAUCGAAAGGAUGGCUCGAACUUGCCCCCGAGCGCCCUGUAGAUGUUUCCGCUUCCUAUUACAUGCCGCAUCACGGAGUCUUGAAAGAUUCCGUAUCAACAAAGCUCAGAGUGGUAUGCAACGCCGGUGCCAAGACUUCCACAGGAGUUAGUUUGAAUGACAAGCUGCUGGUAGGCCCGACUGUCCAACCGGAAUUGACAUCAAUUCUACUCAAAUUUCGGUUGCAUCCUUUCGCCAUGAUUGCUGACAUAAGCAAGAUGUACCCGCAACUGGUACUCCAUCACAUUCAUCUUGACUUUGUACGAAUGGUUUGGCGAGAUGACAAGCAUCAACCAAUCAAGGAUUACAGAAUGACUCGGCUCUGUUUUGGCUUGGCGUCUUCUCCCUUUUUGGCCACCAGGGCAUUGAUUCAACUUGCUAUUGAGCAUCAGGAAUCACAUCCACUCGCAGCUGCUGCUCUGCGUGAGGCCUUUUAUGUGGAUGACUGUGUCAUAUCCACCAACUCUAUCACCACCGCUCAACAGAUACAAAAGGAAUUAGUGGAAGUGCUCAAGAGUGCAGGAUUCGUCCUCACAAAGUGGAUGAGCAACAAUGAGCUUCUUACCCCACUUCAUUCACCCGAAUCAUCAGAGGAGUCGGUACUUCUUCAGGACCCCAUUACCAAGGUCCUAGGCAUUCCUUGGAAUGCAAAGUUGGACACCUUCCAUUUCACAUCACCGAUAUCUCUCUCAGAGAUUGUGAAAUCCAAGCGGGACGUCGCUUCUUCCAUUGCCAAGCUAUUUGAUCCACUAGGGCUGGUGGGUCCUGUCAUCAUUGAAGCAAAGAUCUUCCUGCAAGAGCUUCAUGAGGUGAAGGCAUCUUGGGACGACCCGUUACCUGAGGAAUUUCUCUUGAAAUGGAGGAAGUUCGUACAAUCUCUGGAGGGACUCAAGAGGAUUUCCAUACCCAGAUGGAUUUCAACCAUCAACAACCCCUAUCGGGUGGAUCUCCAUGUCUUUUGUGACGCAAGUUUCAAGGCAUACGGCUCCGUCGUUUACUAUGUUUCACGAGAUAGAGAGGGAAAUACUUGCUCACGAAUUCUUAGUUCCAAAUCUCGAGUAGCUCCGUUGAAUAAAAUUACUAUCCCGCGUCUGGAAUUAUGUGGAGCCCUCGUGGGAGCUCAAAUGAUGAACAAAAUUCAGGCGUUGGUCAACCCCGAUGCGGUACACUAUUGGACAGACUCCUCCAUCGUACUAAGCUGGUUGAACACACCACCUGACUCCUACAAGGUUUUUGUGGCAAACAGGAUCACGAAAAUCCUCAGUCUUUCCAACGCAUCUCAAUGGCGCCACGUCCCUACCAAGGACAACCCAGCCGACAUUAUUUCUCGAGGUUGCACCCCCGAGCAACUGGAAUUGUCUGAACUCUGGUGGGCUGGGCCGUCAUGGUUGACUUUAGAUGAAUCGUCUUGGCCUAAGCUAUUUUCUCCAAUCCCUAAGGCACCAUCUGAUGUGGAGUGCCUGUCUGUCACCAUCCAGGAGCCAGCUUGGCACACCGAGUGGAUAAUUCGAUUUUCCUCAUUGAGAACAGUCAAACGAGUAAUGGCUUACAUCUUGAGAUUCACUGGAAGAUCAACGUCAUCAUCUGCUACUCCUCAUCAGUCAGUGAGACCAAUCUACAUGAGUGAGUUAGAGGAGGCUUUACGACGUCUGAUACUACUCGAUCAGGACCACUACUUCCCCAGCGUCAAAGACCAUAUCCAAAAUGGGACGCUAUCUCGCUCAAAAUGGAAGACUCUCGCUCAAUUGGCUCCAUUUGUUGAUGACAAUGGGUUGAUCAGAGUGGGAGGACGUCUCCAACAUUCAUCCGAAUUGUAUGCAGCCAAGCAUCCAAUCUUGCUCCCGAAAUCUGCUUUGACCAGGUUGAUUAUGAAGAAUGAGCACGAGAAACAGCUGCAUGCAGGACCAUCCCUUCUACUUGCAACCGUUCGGCAAAUGUACUGGCCAAUCUCUGGUAGGAACAUGGCCAGGAAGAUCAUUUUCGAGUGCGUUACUUGUGCAAAGGCCAAACCUCAACUUCUACAACAGAUCAUGGGAAAUUUGCCAGCACACCGCGUGAACCUCACCCGAGCUUUUCACGCCUGUGGAGUCGACUUUGCUGGACCGUUGAUGAUCCGAGCUUCCUCGUUGCGUGAUCGAGCGUCACGACGUCAACCCAAUGUGAAAUGCUAUGUGGCAAUCUUUAUUUGUAUGGCUACCAAAGCCCUCCACAUAGAGUUAGUUUCCUCAUUGACUACGGAAGCUUUCUUGGCCUCAUUUCGGCGGUUCGUAGCUCGUCGAGGGACUCCUCGGCACAUGUAUUCCGAUCGAGGUCGGAAUUUCGAAGGAGCAACCAACGAAUUAGCAAGGCUGUUGGCAGAAGAAAAUCAUCAACGUGCUAUACUGGACAACACGCUGGACAGCGGCGUCAUCUGGCACUUCAAUCCACCCAGUGCUCCACACCACGGAGGUGCUUGGGAAGCUGCGGUGAAAAGUACAAAGCAUCACUUGAAGAGAAUCACGAUGUCGUCCGCCUUGACGUAUGAAGAACUUUCCACCGUGCUGUGCCAGAUAGAGGGAGUCUUGAACAGUAGACCCUUAUGCAAGAUGUCAGAGGAUCCAAAUGACGGUGAAUAUCUCACUCCUGGUCACUUUCUCACUGGUGGACCCCUAAAUUCUCUUCCUGAUCCACGAAUGACAACCAUCCCUGAGCAUCGGCUCUCCAUGUGGCAACAAUGCCAAGCAAGGACCCAAGUGUUUGCUGAAAAAUGGCGUACUGAAUAUUUGAAUACCUUGCAGCAACGUUCCAAGUGGAGGGAUCCUCAAAGGAAUUUGAAGACAGGAGAAGUGGUUCUGCUUCUUGAUGAGAAUCAAAGGGAUGGCUCUAAAUGGAUACUUGGUCGUGUCCAGGAAACUCAACCAGGAGCUGAUGGAUUUGUCAGGGUCGUCUACGUCCGAACAGCAAAGGGAACCUACAAGAGACCCAUAACAAAAAUCGCUAGGCUACCCAUUCCCCCUCAAGAUGAAGAUAUUCUGGAUCCGAGAAAUCAGGAGAUUCCUCAGCCCAGCCCCGGGAGUGUGUUGGAUAUGAGCGUGGAAACUCCGAACCGCAUUGGUUAG